AGGGGGCUAAUCGACAUGGGAUCCGAACAAUCGUUCGAUGAAACAAUGAGGAUGUACGAGCGGUAUUGCCUACGACAUAGGCCUAACCGCCAAACGCGUGAAUUGUUUACAGGUCUCAGCACCAUGGUGGAGUUUGGCACACUUCGCAUCUUGUUAAUUGGUCGCGCUCAUGCCGGAAAGAGUGCUACAAUCAACAAAUUCCUGGAGGUAUUCGGACAGCCAGAGACGCAACAGGAAUAUGAUUCUGGAGAAGGUGACAAGCGUGUAACGGAUGUACUGCUGGAAGCGGCCGACAUUGCUGGAGAAGGAGGAGUUUUCUUGAGAUCUCCCCAGGGCCAGAGUGAUGACUAUCGCAUGAAUGCUACCAAGGUCCGCGCUCUCUUCACCAAUCAGCUGCGCGACGGUGAUAUCUAUAAACGAGAAAUCAGGCAAACUGCUGAAAACUACACGCCUGAUGAAUGCCAUGCUGUCCUGCACAUCAUCCGGGCAGACCACGUAAUUAUCACGGAUAUGCUAGACGAGGAGCUGGAUGAAUUGAGGUGCACCCAAGAUGUCCUGCGUGAACUUGGUGUUGUUCCUGUGACGAUAAUCACGAGGUCUGGAGAGGAAGAGUACAAGGAUAGUGACAUGGAACUCCGGCGGCAGGUAGCAGCACGUCUGAUAGGCUCGCCACUGGAGUACACGUUCACCAUCGACAACACUAAGCCCGAAGAUGAUCCGAUUCGCCUGGAGAGGUUGCGCCUGACGCUGCUGCUGGCGUUACGGGCCAGUGUGAUCCUAGCCGAACAGAGACUCCACCGCAAGGAGCUGCAGAGACGUCGAAUUGCCCGACCACAGCCAUCUGAGGACGGAAAGUACGUCGUGGCAGCAUUUCUCAAGUCCAUUGCCUCACGAUUUGGGUGGCCGUCCACGCUACUGGAAGAUGUAGAGCAGCGCUUGGCUGCAGUAUGGCUGAAUAGAAGAAAGAAGAACUUGGUGGACGGCGAUUUCAUCACCCCGGCUGAGUUUGUCUCAAUACUGGCCUCCCGGAACAAAGAAGUAUGGGACAGAAUCUUCCCGCCUCUGGCCGCUGAUGCAUUGGAAGCACAGGUGAAGUCACAGCUGCACGGCUUUGCUGAGGACUGUGGGCUAACGAACUACGCUGAACUCGCCCUUCCUACUGUCGCCGAUCGUGAGUUGGUCACCGCAUACCUAGAAGCCUGCCCACCAAGGGAGGAAUAGACAAAAGAAAUAAUAGAUCCACGUUUGCUGUGGUCAGGCACGACCCAUGCUAUCCGCUUGUCAGAGAGUGGUAAACGAUUAAAAAUUGAAAGAUUCACUAGAUGUACUGCUAGUUUGUAAGUGUUCAAGCAUUCUUUGCAUAUUGAGGUAGUGGUAUAUGUAUAUCAGCAUUUCAAACUGUUUUUAAAUCUCGAUUUCUCAAUGUAAAAUGAAUAGAAUUUUAUGUUCGUAUGUCUUUACCUAUAGAAACAAAUUGCCACUCACUUUCACAUCAGCAUCUCAAUUACUUUUUAUGUGGAACUUUCUUUCGAUACUUACUAACCUACAUUUUCAGCUUCACACUUUCCUUCGCUACGACGGGUUUUUUUCCAAUAUGAAUGAACAUUGCUCUUCAUA